UUUAAAUUUUCAACCUCAUCAGCGCAUUACAUUUUCUACAACUCCUGCGAUCGGAUGUCAGUCUCUUGGACAACUUAGAUGAAACAUGUAACAUUUCAUGUGUCACAUACUGUAAAACGAUAUAAAAAUAAUGCGCCUGCAAGUAGACUGCAAACAACUGAACCCUUUUGAUUUGAUUGUGUGCACAUACACAUGUAGUAUACCACUGCUUUGAUCUACUUUUGAUAUCACGACGAGAUUGAAAUGAUAUCUACAAUUGAAAUUAAAACCGUGUUCGUGUGUUUUAAUUUCCUGCGUCGCAAAAGAUUCUGAUUGGUUGAUUCAAGGUCAACUAGGUACAAUUAUCACGGCUCGAGGAACUCUAUAAAGCUGAGUCGAAAAACCGACGCUUCACUUUAGUUGGAGUGCUUUUACGAAACGGUUUUGCUUUUUUUCGAACAGUAUAAUUUCGGUGAAAAGUUUAAAGUGGAAUUAGUUCUGGUGAUUGUGAUACUCUUUCUGGAAAAGCACAAUCAAAGCUUUGAAGAAUAGUUUCCCCCAGAACAAGCAAAGGUUAUGCGAACCCUUUGCACGUGUCAGGUUGCCCAUUAACGUGGGUGCAAGUCUCGGGGCAGAAAAGCCGUACAUUUCGUCGUUCGACGCUGGGAAAGCUUCGUUGGUCAGACUGGUGGAUGAAAACCACGACGGGGUCGUGACGAACCGUUUCAACCGCCUUAGUCAACUCCAACGACUCGGAGACGCAUCUACUCCGCCCACCCAGUUGACCCCACACGUCCUUUUCGAAGCAAUCCCAGAGCUUGGAGGAAGUUCCGAGCUUUCGAGCACGCCAAAAGCUCGCCGGCUGCCCAGCCGAUUCUAACCUCGCUUGCCCGACCGAAGGAAGUGCGAGGAACGAGACAAAAGCCUGACAGUAGCAGUACCAUCCGUCUCCACGGAUUCAAAACAACGUUGGACCGAGCGUCCCCAUCAAGAACGUCGCCGUGCGACGGCCACGUGUAAACGUUGGUUCCGCUAGACGCCGCUUGGGGGCUGGAAGCCCAAAGCGCGGCGAAGAACGUGUCGACGCCGAUCGCUGUGCCACGUGUCCACGGCGGAGUACUGCUAGCCGCCGCUAGAGUGCGGUAGGGUUGCGCGAACGCACCGGAGCUGUUUGAUCGCUGAUCGUCGCAGUAGGUCCGGACCUAGGAGAAUCUUCACGCCGUUCAAGAACACCUGCAAGCAGUUGCUGGUACCAGAUUAGUAGGGUAAAGUACAGUGCACGACAAUAGGGAAUAGUUUUUGCUAGAUUUAAGAUCUAAACCCCCCUUAGUAUUAAUUUGAGCUCAUUUACAACCACAAAUAAAAAACCCAGGGUCUUUUUCGGAUUUUGCGUUGCAAAAACGAGGAUUAAUUCUGCACGCGUUUAACUUAAAUAUACCUUCUUUCGUUUCGUAAUGAACUUUGUUUUUCUUAAUAAAUUUUGGAUUAGAAUGCACUCUAACUAAUGCGUUCGUUUGUUUUAAAGACUGAGAUGAAAGAGUUCGUAAAUGUUGUUGACCUUGAGUAAAUUUUUGGGAUCUUUUGGUUCGACUUUUCGGUUUAGAUUACACUAAAACUCGCCUUGAGAUCAAGAGCUUCAGGUCGGGCUUCCCUGAUUAAAAUCCACAAACAACCUCCAACUUUUGGAGUGGCGCUAAAGUUGUUUGCAGGCUAAGCAUAAAAAGGUGUUUCAAAUCAAUUGGAUCGUCCAGGGAUUGCGCAAUGUAACGCUCCUGGUACGUUGUGAAAAGGUUACGCGUUACAUUUUGGCGCCCAACGUCUUGGGUCACUUAAGUUAGUAUUUUAUCUCAGUUGUGCGUACGUAAGAUCGAAAAUAAGUUUGUGUAGGUGCGAAAGAGUGAAUGAAUGAGUGAGUUCGAUAUUAGUACGAAAAAUCCGUUAAGUUAAGUUCGUUCGAAAAAUUACAUUAGAAAAUAAGGAAAGAGUGAAUGAGGAUUGAGUGAAUGAGACAUUUUUUGUGGUGAACAUUUUAGAAUAAUCAGUAAAAAUGAGUACGAUAAUUAAGUUCAAGAUUGAUGAUCUGGAUGAAGAUGAGAUCGACUACGAACUCAGAAUCAGAGACGCAGGAGGUGAAGGUUCAAUCGAGACCAAGAAGAGGGAACUUAGGGCUUUAAUGCGAAAUGAAAACACACAAAAUUACGAAAUACAAAGCAAUUUAACGUUGAAGCAAGAGUACAGCUUGAUCGCACCAAAACUGAAGAUGAUUGAAACCAAUCUCGAAGGAAAUUUACAACCAAUGUAUGAGUCAAAGUUGUACCACUACAUGCGAAGAAUUUUCAAUGCAGUAGUAGAAGAUCAGGUAGACGAAACUAACAAGACAACGCUUUUAUCAUUGAUUGCUCAAAUUGUUGAGGAAAACUUCGGUCGAAAAAUUAACAUCGAAAACCUAACAUUCGUAACAACCACGGAAUCUAACCCUGACCCUCUCGUACCAAGUACUUCUGCAUCAGGAACAAAUACUAAACAAAAAGAAGAGGAAGCCGCGACCAGUCAUAACAUACUGGUGAAAAAGCUAACAGAACUAGUUGAACAAAGAAAGGCAAAACAACAAACAGUACCUCCUCAAGGUUACGUUCACAUAUCAGAGAUCGAGAAUGUGGUAAAAGCUUGCUUACAAAGUCUGGAUGAACAAAACUUGAACCAGCCAGGACCGUCAGGACAAGGUAGAAGUUUUCUGAAUCGGCCAAGUGAUACAUUUCAAAGCCAAUAUCAGUCGCCAGAGCACACCACAUCCAGAUCGGUGAUUCCAAACAUAAUCAAAGUUCCUCAAUCAGUUAGGAGAGGAAUUACCGAAGAUCAUCUAACAGAAGCAAUUCGAAGACUGAGCAUUGAUCAGAAUCAAACGACAAACACAGGACGAAGUGCGAAUGCGAAUAAUUUUAGUCAUUUUUUCGAUGCUCUGUUGAACCCAACACCAGAUCCUCAACCAUGUUUACCUUCAAGUCCCGUCUGGUGGAUCAAUCGGACGUGGCACUGGGCUUGGGCUCAUAAUCCAUAGAUCGGUUUGAACUCUGUGGCGGGCGCACAUAAAUUCAAAGUGUAAAUUUGAGUAAAAACAAUAUUUGUGCCUGUCAUAGUUUUUGUUUCAGAUUUUUUUUUAAAUAAGUUAAAUAAAUUACCACAUUGUAUAUAUUUUAAGAAAUGUU